UGUCGGCGCUGGAAUUUUUAGUAUGGAAGCACAAGUCUUUGGCAUACCACCCGAUGAGACAAUCAAGCACGGCAUGCGCAUCUAUCUGCUGAGCGUGGCGUUCGCAUUGGUUGCCUUGGUGCAGUGGCUUUUAAUUGGCAACUUUUUGGAUUAUAAAAAGUUGCGCGUGCCACCGGUGCGCUAUGGACUGUGGCUGGGUGGCACGUUCUUUGGCAUUUGCAUACUCGCUUGGACGCCAUUUGGACGCAAGUUUCCGUUCAACUUUAUCAUCACUUUUGUGAUUGUCGAGUGCUCGACCAUUUAUAUGGCGCUGGAGCAGAUGAAUACGCGCGGCAUGUUGGUCAAUGUCUAUGCGGGCAUCAUUGUCGUCACACUGGUGAUCACCUGCGUCUUUUGGGGCGCCUAUCUGCCCAUGCGUCUAGUGCCCGGAGAUCUAAUGCUCAGCUUGCUGCUCAUGCUGGCCAACAUCAUGCUGGCCGUAUUCUUCAUCAAUGCGCUGUUCUUCAACGAGAGCUACAUUUACAGAAUUGUGCGCAAUUUCAUGGCCGUCGUGGCUGUUUCCAUGAUCAUGUACACGGCCACCAUUAUACACGAUCGCCAGUUCGAUGUCUCCAAGAAGGAGUAUCUUUUCCUCAGCGUGCUAAUCUUCUUCGGCCACAUGAUACUGCAUGAGCGCAUCUUGAAUCUGGCGGUGCAGCAUGUGCCACAUCUGACCUGCAAGGCAAUAGACAUUUAAUUUCAAACUUAACUUAUAAUAUAACUAAAUAGAUUAAAGUUGAUGUGGACAACGGUCUGAGAAGUAAGCAAAGAGCUGCACUCUGUGCCAAGUGUAACGAAGAUUCUCUCGCUCUCAGUUUCGAAUAAGACAAAUACGAAAGAGUUCAAUUGCAGUUUGUCAUUCAAAAGAGCGCUCAAUGUGAUUAGAUCCAAGCCAGUUCAAUGGCAAUCAGAUCACAAUCAAGCAAAUUCAAUGGGAUUAUCAUUUUCAAUAUAAAAUCGCUCA